AUGUUGUCUGUCGCUGCCCGCCUCGCUCGAUGUCCACGCCUGCCUACACAUUCCAGACUACCCGCACAAGCAGCGCGAGUCUCCUCCGCGCCAAUUCGGACAUAUAGCACUCCCCGAGGACCACCGCGCUAUGUACGGUUCGGCGAAUCUGAAGGUCCCAGCGGCGGCGGCUCGCGCAAUCCUUGGGAUAUGCGAAAUUGGGAUAGGUCUACGACGGUUGGCGCGGCUUUAGGAGCAGGCGCGGUGGUAUACUAUGUAUCGCACCUCGAACGGGUGCCCGAGACAGGACGAUGGCGCUUUAUGGACAUCAGCCCGAAGUAUGAGUCGAGUCUUGCUGAGGAGUCGCACCAGCAACUCAUGCAGCAGUUCAAAGGCAAGGUUCUACCCCCCAACCAUCCCGUCACGCGGCACAUUCGCCGUGUCGUCGAACGCAUCCUUGAGGCGAACAAUCUCGGCAAAUUGAAGCCCUCAGGAGAGCAGCCGCGGGUACUCCCGUCCGUUGAUGUAUGGUCUGCGAUCGGGGCGGACGACCUUCCGCCGGAUGUCGGGGGAAAUCUGAAGGAAUGGCACUUGUUUGUCGUGAAUGAUGACAAGAUGGUCAACGCCAUGGCCUCCUUUGGUAACAUCGUCGUGUUUACCGGCAUCUUGCCUGUAGCAAAGGACGAAAAUGGGCUCGCAGCUGUUCUUGGACAUGAAAUUGGACAUGCAGUUGCGCGGCAUGUGCCCGAGCGCUAUUCGUCUGCGAAGGUCUUCAUUUUCCUAGCAAUGUUGCUCGACGUCAUAGGCAUCCCGUUCUCGAGCUUCGUGGCGCGUAUUUUGUACGACCUGCCCAAUUCGCGGACACAAGAAUUCGAAGCCGACAAGAUCGGUCUGCGUCUCGCAGCGCGAGCCUGCUACGACCCGGAAGUAGUACCACAGAUGUUCGACCGCCUCGGUCAGCUGGAGCGGGCGUCGAACGGACGUCACAUCGACUUCCUCACCACUCACCCUACAUCUGAGAAACGGUCACGAACUCUCCGUGAGAUGCUGCCAGAGGCUUACACCGCACAGGCGGCAAGUCCUAUGUGCGGGGCUACGGCGGACCAUAUGGCUCAGUUCCGCGAUACAUGGCUGGCAGGCGCAGAUCCCGAGAGCAUGUCAGAGGCUAGGUGGACAUAGUGGUUGUAAUAAACUAGGCUGGUACCGGACUGGACAAUACACCCAACUAUAUGAGCUCG